AAAAUGGAUGGGGCUGCCCGGUUUUUGUAGCCUCAUCAUUUGCCGAGGACCCAACCCUAUCAAAGGCACCAACUUCAACUCCCAUCACAUGCAGCCUUUGCCUAUUUAAAUCCCCCCUUUUCCCUCCCCUACCUCCUCACUCCACAUCAAAACACAACACCAGUACUGCAUUCUCUGCUGCUUCUUCCGUCACCAUUUCUCCCUCACUUCCAAUCUCCUGCUCCGACCAUGGCCACCCAAAUGACUGAAACCUUCGGCUCAGACUUAUCCUCCCGCAGGUGCGUGUGGGUGAAUGGGCCGAUCAUAAUAGGGUCGGGCCCGUCGGGCCUGGCCACCGCUGCCUGCCUUAAAGAACAGAGCGUGCCCUUCGUCAUCCUAGAGCGAGCCGACUGCAUUGCCUCGUUGUGGCAACGCCGCACCUACGACCGCUUAAAGCUACAUCUCCCGAAGCAAUUCUGCCAACUUCCUCGCCUCCCGUUCCCCGAAGAUUAUCCCAAGUACCCGACCCGAAAGCAGUUCAUUGACUACUUAGAAUCGUACGCCAAGCACUUCAAUAUCCACCCAUGUUUCAACCAGGCCGUCAUGUCCGCGCGCUUCGAUGAGACCAGCGGGCUGUGGCGAGUCACGGCGGAGGAGGCGGCGGGGGCCCGACAGGCGAGGGUUGAGUACAUUGGGCAGAGGCUUGUGGCAGCCACCGGAGAAAACGCUGAGAAGAUUGUGCCGGACUUCCCAGGCCUUGCGGAGUUCGGCGGCAGUAUAUCGCAUGUCUGUGAUUACAAGUCCGGCAGGGAGUAUGCGGGCAAGCAUGUGCUCGUCGUCGGCUGUGGGAAUUCCGGCAUGGAGGUUUCCCUCGAUCUAUGCCAUCACAAUGCGUUUCCUUUCAUGGUGGUCCGAAACUCGGUUCAUGUUUUACCGAGAGAGGUUUAUGGGAAGUCGACCUUCGAGUUAGCGGUUUUUCUGAUGAAAUGGCUGCCGCUGUGGCUGGCUGACAGGAUUAUGCUCAUAUUGUCAUGGCUAGUGCUUGGGGAUAUAGAGAAGUAUGGGUUGAGGAGGCCUUGCGCCGGACCCCUGGAGCUCAAGAACACGACUGGAAGGACCCCUGUUCUGGAUACGGGUGCGCUUGAGAAGAUUAAAACUGGUAAGAUAAACAUUGUUCCUGGGGUGAAGAGGUUCUUGCCUGGUAAAGUUGAGCUGGUUGAUAACCGAAUCAUAGAAAUUGACUCAGCUAUACUGGCUACUGGAUACCGCAGCAACGUUCCUUCAUGGCUCCAGGGAAGUGACUUUUUCUCAAAGGAUGGGACACCAAAGCAGCCAUUUCCCAACAGCUGGAAGGGGAAAUCAGGGCUCUACGCUGUUGGGUUCACGAAGAAAGGGCUCUCCGGCGCUUUCGUUGAUGCUGUUAGGAUUGCGAAGGACAUAGGCAAGCUGUGGAAGGAGGAAACAAGGAAGCAGAAGAAAAGGCUCGGAGCCUGCCAUAGAAGAUGCAUCUCGCAGUUUUAAUGGCUGUUGCUCUCUUUGUUUUUGAACUUUUAUUUUCUCAGCUGCUUGAAUGAUAAAAGGCUAAUUUGAAAAAAGUCACAGAGCCCUCUCUCAAUGGAGCCCAGAUUUUGGAAAAGAAGUGGGCCUUAUGUACAGAGCACCAUUGCUAAUGAUGAGGCUUUCUUAACUUUUGGAAUCUUUCCAUAACAUUUUAGUGCUUUUUAACAGAAAAGGCAGUUUUCUUCCCACUACAAAUUCA